AUGCUGUCGGCAGAGGAAGAGGCCGGCUGGUUCGUUUCGCAACAGGCUCAGCCGUGGUGGCAGUGGCUGCUCCGGCAGUUUAUCGCUCUCGGAGGGCCCGUUCCCCGCCACGUCGCCUUCGUCAUGGACGGAAAUCGGCGGUUCGCAAAGACGAAACACUUGGGCAACGUCAUCAGGGGACACGAAAAAGUACGGAUUCACACAGGCGAACUAAAACAAAUUUUUGCUGUAAACAUUUCGAAUAUUCCAUUUAACGCAUUUUUUCGCAGUUUUGAAUGGUGAGCAUAAUGAGACAUGAGUGAAAUUUUGAAAAAAUAAUGUAUUGUACUGUUUCAAAGUUUUCAAAUACUUUGGGCAAGUGGUGUUUAGUUUAAUCAACUGAAUACACCGGAUUUAAUUUAAAAGUGAACUUUGUAAGGGCUAACUAAAUUUAUCGACAAAUUCGACAUGACCGCCUGUUUUCGAUCGAUUUUCACCAAAAUGUAAUGUGGCUCAUUUUCAGGGAUUUGUCCAACUGGCGCGCAUUCUGGAUUGGUGCAGCCGAUUCGGAAUUAAGGAAAUCACCGUUUACGCGUUCAGCAUUGAAAACUUUAAACGGAGCGAAGACGAGGUGAGUAAAAUUGGAGCGAUUCGUGAGAAAAGCAUCUCGAAAUCGAAAAUGUUUAGGUGGCCGGUCUGAUGCGUCUGGCGGAGGAAAAGUUUGAGAAACUGUUGAACGACUCGGAGAAAUUGGAGGAGAAGCGGAUUUGCUUCCGUUUCUACGGAAAUCGCUCGCUUCUGUCAGCCCGUUUGCAGCAGCUGAUGGGCCGAAUCGAGGCGAAGACGGAAAAGUACGGCGACGGACGGCUGAACGUGUGCAUGCCGUACACUUCGAGAGACGAGAUCGCGCGCUGCUUCGAGACGAUCCGACAGAAUGUCAGAGACGGAAAUGUCCGUCCGGAGCAGGUAUUUCACUCAUUUCCUCAUGGGAGAAGCUAAAAAGGGUGCUACUAAUUUUAUUGAAAUUGAAGGAAUCAUUUUUGACACCGAAAUUUCAUGCUCCAAUUUUUGCAGAUCAACGCGUCGAUGGUGUCUGCGUGUUUGGACAGCGGAUGCGGCGGAUCGGCGCCCGAUCUGUUCGUGCGCACGUCCGGAGAGCACCGUCUGUCGGACUUCCAGAUGUGGCAGGCGGCCGAUUCGCACGUCUACUUUGACGAUGUCCUCUGGCCAGAGUUUGGCUACUAUAACCUGUGCAAAGCCAUCCUCAGCUACCAGUAUUAUCGAUCCACUGUGGCCAAGGUUCGCAAAAUUUUGACAAAAAAUAUGCUGUUUCAAGAGCAAUGUUUUUAUUUCAGAUGGCCGCUCUGAGCACUUGCGAACACGUCAAUUCGACGAAAUGGACGAUGAAUUUCAGUGGAGACAAACGAGAAUUGACGGCCGUCCAAUCCUGA